UCUUUCACAAAGGAUCGGGGGUUCAGCCGAAUCCAAAAUAGUGGGUUAGGUGCAUCCCUAGUAGGUAAGUCCUUUCUUGUGGCCAUUCUGAGAGCCCCUAACUCCUCCUCAACAUCCAAGUCCCAGCACUACACUGAUAAAGGACAGCGUCUCAGUCGCAGUUUGUUGCUGCGACACUUUAUUACUCAUUCCCCAGAGUUGAGACCUUCCCAGUGUUGUGGCGCUGGCAGGUUGGAGGGAGAGUUCCCAGUCCCACAGACACAGCGAAUGACAAUACAAACGCCUCAUUCAGGAACAAAAAAGACUGGAAGCGCUGGGCCGCCCCGGGGACAAGGCGUUACUUUGCUGCCUUUACGACACUGGCGCUGCUUUCCGGGAUAGUGACGUGGAACGUCAACAGUGUAACAUGGCUGAGCCCGAGGAGAUCUCGCCUCUCUCUUCGCCUUCUCCUCCGCUGUCUUCUCCAGGAGCCGGGGAAGAGGAGGAGCCGGAUAGCUGGGAAGCAGAUCUCAGUGAAGCUUUAGAGGCCGGAGGCUGUGACCUUGAGACAGUAAGAAAUAUCAUUCAAGGAAGGCCAGUCCCAUGUGAUCUGAGGCCUAAAGUAUGGAAGAUUGCGCUGAAUGUGUCUGGAAAAGGGGACAGUUUAGCUUCAUGGGACGGUUCUCUGGAUCUCCAAGAGCAGCCGCUCAUCCACAAAGAUUGCCAAAACCUGAUUGACCAGCUGUCAGUGGCCGAAGAAAGAAAACCUGCGUUGCUUCAGGAUAUCGAAUCUGUUGUAACCUUUUACUGUAAAUCCCGCAAUGUUAAGUACCAGGAAGAUGUCAGCUGGAUCCAGCUUCUCAAGCCACUGGUGGGCCUUCAGCUACCACGCAGUGAUUUAUACAAUUGCUUCUAUGCGAUCAUGAAUAAGUACAUCCCAAGGGAUUGCAACAGAAAAGGAAAACCAUUCCAUUUAUUUCGACUACUUUUGCAGUACCACGAGCCAGAACUCUGUUCUUUUUUAGACACUAAGAAAAUUACACCUGAUCUUUACGCACUUAACUGGUUCGGAAGCCUGCUUGCCUUUCAUUGUUCCGUGGAUGUGACUCAGGCCAUCUGGGAUAACUACUUACAGCAGGCAGAUCCGUUCUUCAUGUACUUCCUCAUGCUCAUCAUGCUCGUCAAUUCCAAAGAAGCCGUUCUAGGACAGGAAGUAGAUGACAAAGAAGAACUUAUAAAAUGUCUGGCGCGUACUCCCUCAAGUUUAGAAACAGAGGACAUUGAGGACCUCUUCAAUCUGGCCCAGUAUUACUAUAGCAAAACGCCAGCUUCCCUUCGAAAGGAUCACCAGAGCUUGUUUGGCAGUAGCUUGAUCGCAUUCAAAGAUGACACAGACUUGAGCCAGGCCCUUUGUUUGGCGGUUGCCGUGUCUGAGAUUCUUCAAGCAAAUCAGCAGCAAGGGGAUGGAGUCCGGUUUUUUGUGGUGGAUUGCCGGCCUGCAGAACAGUACAACUCUGGCCACCUUUCAACAGCUUUCCAUUUGGAUUCUGACCUGAUGCUGCAGAACCCAGGAGAAUUUGCACUCUCCGUCAAGUCACUGCUGGAAGCACAGAAACAGUCCAUUGAAUCGGGAUCCAUAGCUGGGGGUGAACACUUAUGCUUCAUGGGAAGUGGCCGCGAAGAGGAAGAUAUGUACAUGAACAUGGUCCUAGCUCACUUUUUACAGAAAAAUAAAGAGUAUGUCAGCAUUGCCAAAGGAGGAUUCAUGGCACUGCAGCAACAUUUAGCAGACAUUAACAUGGAAAAUGGUUAUGGACACUGGAUAGUUAGUACUUCUGGAUCACGUGGCAGCAUUUCCAUGUAUGCAGAUGAUGAUUCUGCUGUUGCUGUGGCUGAUGGCAAAGGCAUGAAGUCCUUAGUAAACAAAAUGACAGUAGCUUUCAAAACAAAGUCUGUGAAUGUGAAAGACAAAGUCAUCAGCUUCAUCGAGAACACGUCGACUCCAGUAGAUAGAAUCUCUUUCAAUAUACCCUGGCCAGAGAGGGCGAGUUUGGAGCGACACGUAAGCAGCAGUGACAGAGUGGGGAAGCCUUAUCGGGGUGUAAAACCAGUGUUCAGCAUUGGCGAUGAAGAAGAAUAUGAUACAGAUGAGAUUGAUAGCUCCUCUAUGUCCGACGAUGACCGCAAAGAAAUUGUUAACGUGCAGACGUGGAUAAACAAGCCUGACGUCAAACACCAUUUCCCGUGUGAUGAAGUCAAAGAAAACGGACACAGGUUCCCAAGCCACCUUCUGGUAACGGCCACCCAUAUGUACUGCCUGAGAGAGAUCCUAUCCAAAAAGGGAUUUGCCUACAUACAGUCUCGGCAAGCUCUAAGCACUGUUGUCAAAAUCACAUCGAAGAAAAAACAUCCUGAACUUAUAACGUUUAAAUAUGGAAGCAGCAACCCAUCCGGGGUAGAAAUCUCUGCAGUGGAAAGGUAUCUAAUCCCUAAUGCCGGUGAUGCUACCAAAGCCAUAAAACAACAAAUUAUGAAAGUCCUUGAUGCCUUGGAAAGCUAACAAGAUCUUCAUACAAAGACAUAUUUAAAUAUAUACAUACAAAUAACGUGACUCGACGUGGAAAGCAUGGGACCUUUUCUAUCGGUUGGUGGGCUAAUAAACAGUUUAUUUAAUUU